AUGUGGAACGACGAGGAUAAUAAUCCGUACGGCGCAUUUGAUCGCCCAGGCGGCCAUCUGUCUGAUUCGCUGCACUCCGGUGCUGUUUCUCCUCCUCCGUACGACCGCGAUACUUCCGAGCCCUCGUCACCAGUGUCGACCCAACCACCAGACUAUGUAUCGCGAUUGACUGAUACCGAAGAUGAGGACGAGAAUGAUUUUGAGAUUCGCCAGCCGCAGCCGUCCAGUCGCAAGAAGGGCGUCUACGACAGUCGCAUUGAGCAGAUACUCUACGAGAACCCCGAAAUGCCUAUACUGAUCACCGAUGCUGGGAAGAACCAUGAAGGAGGCGGCGGCUACAUUGUUUAUACCAUUCGUACGGGAGACCUGGAAGUACGCCGUCGAUAUUCAGAAUUUGCUUCAUUACGACAGACGCUUGUCAGUUUACAUCCAACCCUUGUGAUUCCCCCGAUACCCGAGAAACAUACAAUGGCCGAUUAUGCCGCGAAACCGACCAAGGCGAAAGAGGAUAGUGCUAUCAUUGAACUUCGAAAGCGCAUGUUGGGUGUAUUCCUCAACCGGUGUCGAAGGAUGAAGGAAGUGCGUGAAGAUGGUGUCUGGUGGCGCUUUCUGGAUCCUAAUGUCAGCUGGAGCGAGGUCUUGCAUUCCCAUCCUGCAUCAUCAGUUCCGAAGAACAACCUGAAAGCUCCGCCUCUAGAUCCAGCAAAUCCUACUCCGGCUCAUGCCUGGCUACCUGUCCCUUCAACAUCAGCUAAGCUGAGAUCCUCGUCGGGGACGAGUGCCUCAGCUACUCCUACUUCACCGUCCGAAUACUCUCAAACACCAUCAAUGGCCGCGCACUCAACGCCAGGCGUGCAGGUACUAGGCCGUUUCCCUCCGACAUCCAAGACACUUAGUGAACAGGACCUCGACCCAUACUUUAUUAACUUCGAAGCAUCGACGCGGGAGCUGGAGCUGUUGCUUCAGGGAAAUAUUGAGAAAGUCAAUCGUCGUACUCUAUCACACCUGUCUUCACUAUCUGCGGAUCUUAUGGAACUCGGUGCUCGCUACAACGGAUUUUCGCUAUCGGAACAGUCUCCUACAGUCGCCGCAGCUAUCGAGCGCAUCGGCCAAGCCGCCGACACAUCUUAUAUUGAGACCGAAGAGCUAUCCGCCGCGCUGGGAGCAAACUUUGCGGAGCCAAUGCGGGAGAGCGCUCAAUUUGCAAGUGUUGUUCGCAGUGUGCUACGAUACCGGGUGCUUAAGCGAGUGCAGGAGGAAAUGACACGAGAUGAGCUCGCAAAAAAGAAAGCCUUGCUGGAAUCUUUGGAACGGAGCGAGCAGGAAGCGAAGCGAAUUGAUCAGUACCUGAACCAAGCAACUUCCGCAUCGACAGCGACCAGGUCAACCAGAUCGGCUUCUGCAUCUUCGGCGACGAGCAGCGGACAAGGCGAUCACGACACAUCUCGAACAUCGGAAGAUACCACCUCCGUUGACUCUGAUUUCCCGCCAACACACGGCGAUAUCUCUCCUCAAGGAUCUCCAAUCCAAGCAAACCCGUAUCGAGACGUGCCCCCUGCUCACCGCAAAAGCCCGAGUGGAAACUUUGUGACGAACAAGCUAUUUGGUCGUAUUAGUCAUGCUAUUCAUGGAUUUGCGGAUGUUGAUCCUGAGCGAACGCGCCGAGAUCAGAUAGGCAAGACGAAAGAAAGCUUGGUGCAGUUGGAACAAGCUCUCCGAGUAUCCGAGACAGACGUGAAAGACGCGAGCGCAGGUGUGUUACAAGAUCUCAAGCGUUUCCAGAAGGAUAAGGAGGAGGAUCUUCGCCGAUACAUGGUCGCCUACGCCCGCUGUCACUUGGACUGGGCACGGAAGAACCUCGAGACAUGGACGGAAGCCAAAGAUGAAGUUGACAAGAUCCUCACCGUCACGACGUCGUCCACCAAGCGUCGCAAAGUUGUUGAAGAGCCUCGCCGACAUCCAAAGGCGCCCUCCAGUGGCUCGGGAGCCAGGCACGCUGAUUCGGAGGAAAGACGUCACGGCCAACCUCUAAAAGGUCACGACGACCACCAACCUCAUUCUCAACGCCAACACCGCAAAUCCAACGGUCCAUAUUUAAAUAAUAGACAGAAACCCUCGGCUAAUCGUCAGAAACAAUUCGGCUCUCCCUCUCCCUCGCCCUCACCUUCUCUGGCGACCUCCACCUCAUCCGUGCCCUCUUCCUUGCCACCACUCCAACCAUCAUCCCAGUCGACGGCGACCCUGGCAGCAUCCAGCAAGACCCGAUCCUCGGGUUCGUCACCACGCUAUAUCCCCGCGCAUCUUCAGGAAGAAGUUCUCGGCGUCGCUAAUUCCAGGGCCGCCAGUGCCCGUGCCCCCACUCCAGAGCACGCAGAUUCUCCGUCGGCGGCCUACGCAGGGCUCACGCUGGACAGUGACCCUGCGACCGAUAUGUCCAGUUCGGAAAAAGAUCAGGAACGCGAAAUUCGCUCCUCGUCUCCCGGCGUCAAGCGUCGCAUGUCUCAGAUGAAUCAGGAUGGCCAAAAUUCAGAGGACGUUGAAAUGGACAACAAUACAGACCACCAAAUGGAUGAGGGUGAUUCUCGCCCAGCUCAGAGAAGAGCUACCUCUGUGGAUAUGAUUGGAGCUGAUGGAGAUGCCGAAAUGGCGGAUGCACUUGACAGUGGAAACGUCAACAACGGCUCGGAUUCGGUCUAUCCCACUCCUUCUAGUAUGGCGACGUAUAACAGCUCUUCGUCGACAAAGGAAGGUGCCAAGAUCCACGAAUCCGCAUCUGAUGCAGAGCUCCCACCUAUCGAUGAACAGGUCCAACAAGUCCUAGAGUUGGCCCAGAAGUUUCCGGAGGAUAAACAAAAAGGAUACGUUCUAUCAUACAACUGGUUAAACAGAGUGUUGGCUCGUGGUUCAAAAGAGCGUGUAUUGAAGCCCAUCGACAAGAAGUUUGCCGAAGGAGAGAUUGGACCGGUGGAUAAUUCGGAUAUCAUUCUCGACACGGAUCCUUCCCUCAUUUUUCAGGAUGAAGCCGGAGAGCCCUUUGUUCCCUUACGUCCCGGAUUGCAGAUAAACGAAGACUUUGAGAUUGUUCCCCAAGCUGCGUGGGAUUUGAUUAUGAAAUGGUACGGACUGGCCGAACAGUCACCAGCCAUUGUCCGAUACGCACACAACACAAGUGAGGGCGACGCUAUCAACAUUCAGUAUGAGAUUUCUCCACCAAUCUACACAGUCCACAAGCUGCCAGGAUCUGCCGGUGGCAUGUCUCACCAUGCGUUGAGGGAUAAGAGCGCACCUCCUGUCAAGUUUCUUGCUGGCAGACAGACCAAUUUCCAAAAGUGGUUGAAGAAAGCUAAGGAGCUUGCCCACAUUGAUAUGGCGACCAAGGUCCGCGUGUGGAGGGUCCUGGACGGUCUUAGUAGUACCCAGACGUCAGGUGUCAUUACACCCGCGCAUUCAAGAAGCAACUCGCCUGCUCCGGGGGCUACCUUGGUUGCCAAUGCGGGGAACAGUCUUGUGCUAGACGUCAACACGUUCUCCUCUCUUUCAGAUACACACCGAGAGUUGAUUGAGGAUGCAAAGGAUCAGACAAACAAUGAAAAAUAUAACGGCAACUCGACAGUCGAUCAUUUUGGGCUCGGUGAUAAUGCCGUCGUGGUUCUAGAAGAACAAAUCGGUGGUCCUGGAGGUGGCGAAUGGGUUUCAGAUGCCUCGAGAUCGACCUUGAACCGUCUCGCUAUACCUACAGCUAAUAGACCUGGUGUUAAUAAGGUGAAAUCAAAAGCCGUCACCACUACCACCACCAGUGACCGGACAACUCCAGUUUCAGAGCCCAUCCGUGGACGCAAGAAGGAUGGCCGGCCAAAGGGCAACACCGGUUUCACGAACCUUGGAAAUACUUGCUACAUGGCAUCGGCAUUGCAAUGUGUUCGCAGCGUGGAAGAACUGACCUUAUACUUCUUGAAUGAUUACUACAAAAAAGACCUCAACCCAAGCAACCCUCUAUCACACAAUGGUGAUGUAGCCAAGGCUUACGCCAAUUUGCUGCGCGCCGUUUAUGAAGACAGUCCAGCAUCGUUUUCUCCAAAACAUUUCAAACAUACUAUUGGUCGAUAUGGACCUGCAUUCUCCGGUUAUGGUCAGCAGGACUCUCAGGAGUUUGUUCUCUUCCUUCUCGAUGGUCUUCAAGAGGAUCUUAAUCGAAUUCAAAAGAAGCCUUACAUCGAAAAGCCAGAUUCUACGGAUGAGAUGGUACAUGAUCCGGCCGCAUUGAGAGCAUUUGCUGACCGAUGCUGGGAGAUCUACAAAGCUCGUAAUGACUCGGUUAUAACGGAUUUGUUCGCAGGAAUGUACAAAUCAACCCUGCAUUGUCCUGUCUGCGACAAAGUCAGCAUCAUUUUUGAUCCCUUCAAUAACCUCACUCUACAGCUGCCUGUUGAGAACUUGUGGACAAAGGAUAUUUUCUUCUUCCCUCUACACAAACCUCCAGUGCUCAUCGACGUUGAGAUUGAUAAAAAUGCGAGCAUCAAAGCAUUAAAGGAGCUUGUGGCAAAGAAGACGGGCACAGAUCCUUCAAGACUUAUCAUGGCAGAAGUCUAUAGGAACAAAUUCUACCGGUUGUUCGACAAUACCAGCACCAUUGCUGAUAGCAAUAUCACUGGAUCAGAUGACAUUGGUAUCUUUGAAGUCGAGACCGUUCCGACUAACUACAACCCAGACCGGCCUAAGAAGUCCUCUUACUCAAUGUCCUUCAACAGUGAUCACGAGGAUGUACCGAAAAUCGACUCUCCUCGAGCGGACCGCCUUCUUGUGCCAGUUUUCAACCGUGUUCAACGAUCGACGGGUCGAACGGGAUCAAAGCAAAAUUUCGGCGCGCCGUCGUUUAUUGUUGUGACUCGUGAAGAAGCUCAGGACUAUGAUGCUAUUUUGCGCAAGGUUCUUCAAGAGGUGGCGACAUUGACUACUCGUGAUUUCCUGCACGAAACUGCCGGUGUUGAGGAAGUUUCACAAGAUGAUAACACAGAUUCUGACGCAGUGAUAAUGAACGAGGAGGACGAUGAUUCUGACUCGAAGAUCAAAGCUGCAUCCGUAGAGGGGGAAGAAGGGCUUGUUGAUGUGUCUAUGGAAGAUGCCAGCGAUGAAAAUGCACAAUCCGACGAUUCUUCCAAGCAAGUGACCAAAAAGUCACCCCCGAUGCGUUUCCGACGGCUUUUCGAAAUGAAGUAUGUCAGAUCAAGACACGAGGUUAUUCCUCUGGGCUUCUCAUCGGUUGAUGACCAUACAAACUACCCACUCAUUUCCUCUCGAGCUCCAAAACCGAAGCCCAAACCCAAGAAACAGGCCGUCCGCAAAGUGCAACCGAAGGAAAGCCCUGACAGCCCGGUUAGCAGUGAAGAUGAAAUCAAUACUAUACGCAGUACGGAGGACAAGAUGGCCUCUCGAACCAGCGGGCCCUCGGCUGAAUUUGGAAAGAUGACGAAUGGCGAUUCCAGUGAUUCUGAGGAUGAACUCAGCACGGUUUCCAAACGAUUGACCGAGACGACAAGAAAAGAAGAUCCCGUUUACUAUAUACGUCCCGGUGAGGGUAUCGUGCUGGAUUGGACGGAGACCAACCAUGAUGCACUUUUUGGUGCCGACCAGAAAGACCGUAAUGAGUUGCGUGGUGCGCCAACGUGGACAAACGUGGAACACCUACCUGACCCAGAACUUGCUGCUAAGCGCGCACAGCGGGCGAACCGCAGGAAGAAGGGUCUUUCAUUGGAUCAGUGCCUCGACGAAUUCGGCCGAGAGGAGAUUCUGUCUGAGAAUGAUGCUUGGUAUUGUCCACGCUGUAAAGAGCAUCGUCGGGCGAGCAAGAAAUUUGAGCUUUGGAAGACACCAGAUAUUCUUGUUAUCCAUCUCAAGCGAUUCAGUGCCAGUCGAGGUUUCAGGGAUAAGAUUGACGAAUUGGUCGACUUCCCUAUCGAAGGGCUCGAUUUGAAUGGGCGAGUUGCAUCCACCGAGCCUGGUGAGAGUCAGAUCUAUGAUCUCUUUGCGGUCGACAAUCAUUAUGGUGGUCUUGGUGGGGGUCAUUAUACUGCUUAUGCCAAAAACUUUUUGACGAACGAGUGGAAUGAAUAUAACGACUCCCACGUGUCAAAAUCUAUUAACCCUGCCAAGGUUAUAUCGACAGCUGCUUAUCUUCUGUUCUAUCGCCGACGAUCAGAUCGCCCCCUUGGAGGCAAGCUGUUGCAAGAGAUUACUGAAGCUUCGACACGGGCCAACUCGGAUGACGAAGCCGACUCACGCGCAGCAUCGCCGUCGGGGGAAGGCAGGCGCCUCGUCGACUCCUCCCGCAAUGGGUCUACGAGCGCCUUAGCCGGAGCCGGAGCAGCUCACCAAGCGGGAGUUGGUGGUUUGCAAGCCGGGCUCCAAGUGAGGAGCGUGGAGGUUGAUUCCAGCGAUAACGACGAAGAAUUACCCCCUUAUGAGCCAACACAUCAACAUAGCUCUUCGAAUUUCUCUAUUAUGGACCAACCAGCCUGGUCUUUUGACAACCUUACGGGGCCUGUGGUGUCGGAUGACGACGAUGGGCUUUUUGACGACGAUGACGAUAAUGAUAGCAAUAAAGCAGUUGGCGGAGGUGAUAUGAGCGACCUCGAGCAGCAUUUCAAUGGGGAUGCGGGUGAUGAGAAUACCAAGUUUCACUCUGUGAUUGAUGAUAUCGGUACUGUCAGCGACGGGGAUGAGGACUUGCCGGUGGUCGAAUUACGUGUAAAUGAAGAUGAUGGGGUUGUAGAAGAGUGA